AUGGAUUUGGUUGAGUUUGAGUUUGUGUCGGACCGCGACCGCAACCUCCUGGUCUACAUGUACCUGCCCGAAGCCAAGGAGUCCUUCGGGGGGCUGCGGCUGCUGCGCCGAGCCGACUUCCACGUGGGCGCCCACGUCAACACCUUCUGGAGGACCCCGUGCCGGGGGUACCCCGAGGGGCCCAACCGGCGCAGCAGCACCUGGGAGAACAAGCACAUCACCUGGUUCGCGACUCUGGACGGGGGGCUGGGGCUGCUGCUCCCCAUGCAGGAGAAAACCUACCGGCGGCUGCUGAUGCUGCAGAACGCCCUGAGCUCCGCCCUGCCCCACCUGGCCGGGCUCAACCCCAGGGCCUUCAGGCUCCUGCAGGCCGAGCGGCGGCUGCUCCAAAACGCCGUCAGGAACGUCCUGGACGGGGAGUUACUGGGCAGGUUCCUGUACCUGAGCGCCAUGGAGAGGGGGGAGCUGGCCAAGAAAAUCGGGACAACCCCCGAUAUCAUCCUCGACGACCUCCUGGAGAUCGACCGAGUCACGGCCCAUUUCUGAGGGGCUGCAGGACCCCCAGUUCCCCCCCCUCUCCCACCCCAAAAUCCCCCCCAGGCCCCAAAGUGCACAUUUGUAAUAAAACACAAACCCCCACGGCCGU